AUGGGCAAGAUUUUCUGGGAGACACUCCAGAGCAACCUGGUUUUUCUGCAAAAAGCAAGGGAAGAAUUAAAGCCCAAAGGAGAGCCAAAAAGUGAUGAGCUGCUGCACACGGUGGCCUUGGAGGAAGAGAGGCUGCAGAACACCUUUGAGGAGCUGGAGAAGUUCCUGCAGGAGCAGAAGAAGGUCCUGCUGGCCCAGCUUGGCCCAGUGUCCCAGGAGCUCCUCAGGAGUCGCUCCGAAUACAACUCCCGUGUGGCAGAGAGGGAAUCGCUGCUGGACGCGCUGAUCGGGGACAUCGAGAAGAAACGGGACCAGCCGGAUGUGGAAUUCCUCAUGGAUGUUGGCAAAGUCCUGAGCAGCUGUGAGGCAGCCAAGGCCCCGAUCCCAGAGGCAGUUUCCCCGGAGCUGCAGAGGACUGUUGAGACCCUCUCUGAGACGUGCCAGCUGGUCCUGGGCACAGUGGCCAAAUUCAAAGAAAACCUGCUGAGCAACAUAGACAGGGAAAGGGAGAAGGUGACGCUGGACCCAGAGACGGCGAGUCCUUUCCUGCUGCUCUCUGCAGACCACAGAACCCUGCGCCUCGCAGAGGGAUUCCAGAGCCUCCCCGACACCCCCCAGAGAUUCACGGACAGCCCCAGCGUGCUGGGCUCCCGGGGCUUCACGGCUGGCAGGCAUUACUGGGAGCUGGAGGUCGGGAAGGGGCACAGCUGGGCCGUGGGGGUGGCCCUGGAGUCCGUGCAGAGGAAGGACUCGCUCAGCAUUGCCCUGGGCAAGGUCUGGGCCCUGCGGCUGGACUGGGAUGGCCAGUACACGGCACUGCAUGGGCUGCCCACCCUGCUGGCACUGCAGGAGAAGCCCCGGAGAAUCAGGGUCCACCUGGACUACGAAGGGGGCCAGGUGACCUUCUACAACACAGAGAACAUGGUGCAGAUCUUGCAGUUCGAGACCUCCUUCACCGAGAAGGUCUUCCCGUACUUUUGGCUCUGGUCAGCAGACACCUUCAUCCGCCUGUGUGACUGAUGGGGUCGGGUGCCUCCCACUGCCCUGCCGUGCCCUGGGCUGGCUGAGCAGGCAGGAAGCCUGGCAGUGACACAGCACCACGCUGCAAACUCGCCACAGCUCUGCCUGGGCUGGGUCUGCUCUGGGCGUUGCUGCAUCUCCUCCUUCUGAGUCCUCUGGAGCAUUAAAGAUGUGCUGUCCUGCC